UAUUGCGAGGAGAGAAAGAGAGAGAGAUUGACAGAGAGAAAGAGAUCAGCAGCAGAGCAGCGUCACAAAAUCCAGGACCAGCAGCAUGAAAACAUUCUGUUUUAACAUUUACCCUUUUCCCUCCAAAUAUUAAUUUAACUGCUAGAAUAAUUUUAAUGAAUUCCCGUCGAAACGCCCCUAAAGCAAAAGUUUGCCAAGCGGAAGUUCGCGCGGUAGGACAUCGGAAAAAGUCGUAAGAGUGAGAAAUAUAUAUUUAUCGUGUAUCUUGCUGUGCAGCGAGAGAGUAUUUUAAAAAUGGACACUCAUGUUAAGGAGGGACAACUGUACGUCCAGCAUCAGAAGUUUGGAAAGAAAUGGAAGAAGAACUGGUUCGUACUCUACCCAGCCAGUCAAAACGGCAUUGCACGGCUUGAGUUUUAUGAUUGCUCGGGCAGUGCCAACGAUAAACCUAGCACUAAGAAAAUGGACAAGAAGAUCAUUCGUCUGUCCGAAUGCAUCAGCAUACUCCCUGCUGUCACUGAAACCUGCCCCAAAGAAAACAUGGCCGCCUUCUGUGUGGAGACCAAUGACAAGACGUACGUCUUUGCAGCUGAGAAAUAUAUUACCAAUGAGUGGGUGGAGAAGAUGUGUGAGAUUGCUUUUCAGGGAGGAAGUGGUUCUCAUAGUAGUUCUGACUCAAAUGGACAGCAAGAGCUUCAAAUGGCAGAAAAUCUCAUUUAUUUCUCCAGAGAGGAAGUUAACGAGUUUUGGGUGAGUGUCCAGAGGACAGAAGCAUCAGAGCGCUGUGGUCUCUCUGGUAAUUACUGGCUAAGGGCUAAUGUGGACAACCUUAUCCUGAAGGAUCCCAAGACCAAAAAGGAUUUACUCAUAUGGCCCUAUAAGCUUCUCCGUCGCUAUGGAAGAGACAGGGUGAUGUUCUCUUUUGAAGCUGGGCGACGGUGUGAAUCUGGGCCAGGGAACUUCACCUUCGAGACAAAGCAGGGAAAUGAGAUAUUCCACAUUGUUGAGGAAGCCAUUCGGGAGCAGAAAGCCCAAGCUGAAGAACGUCACCAAAGCUGUCCAUCAUUAGACUCUGACUGCCCAGCUCUCCAGCAGAUCCGUGCUGCCAUCUCAGAAGCAAACAAUCGUGAACCAGAUGGAGAUUCCGGUGGUAGCAAGCCUGGCUCCGCGGAUGGUGUCUUUGGUAGAAAGGAGAACGAUGGGAAAAAUUUAAAGGGCCGAAGCCUUCCAGAGCCGCCGCCUCCCGUCAGUGGGACCCCGCCACGAUCUCCCAUGCCACGUGGGUCCAAAAAUCUGCUAGAGGACCAAGGGAGUCUAUACUCGGAGCCUGCCGACUCAGUCCGUGCGCCACCCAGUCCAGGAGACUGUUUGUACUCUGACCCAGUGGACAGCAUCAAAGUCAUGUCCGCUCCUAACCCACGCCUCAGGCCGACUGGCGACGAGGGGGGUGGCCGCCACCCAGGCAUCAAGCCUGAUCCAUUCUAUUCAGACAUCUAUGAUCAGAUCAGUCUAGACUUGACGCAGCGAACAAUGGCCCUGGGACUCGAUGGGCGAAACAGGCACCCUGCAGAUGGAGGUCCUACAGAGCACAUCUACGACGAGCCAGAGGGACGUGCCGUAUCUGCACAGCCUAUUAUCACGCUUUAUGACGAAGCACGAUUGGAAAUGCACACCUGGAGAACCAAGGGAAUGGAGGAGCCUCAAGGUAACGAGGUGGCUCAACAACCACUGCCAAUGCCCAGACCAAAAGGCCCCAAACCUGUCACAGCGCCCAAACCAGGCAAAGUAGCUCUGGCCAAGAAAGACCCUCCUCCAUUGCCUCAAAUCAAAGGCAGUGCUAACCUGAACAACAAUAACAGUAGCAACAGCCAUAACAGCACUGAAGGUGGUAGAAGGGGUGCUGGUGCAGGAAACAAUGUGGAGCUUUACAGUAAAGUAUCUAGACAUCAGCCGCCUCCAAAUGCAUGGCAUCCUGCCAUGCAGUCUCCAGACAUCAUCUAUGACAACUUAGGUGACAUUUGACCUAAUCUUUGUCAACGUUUAGGCAGUCCGGUCUCCUGUUCCUUAAACCUUAGAUGUUUAAUUAAAGGAAAUGCGUUCACGGUUAACACUCCGCGUCAGUGCUCGGAUUGAAACCACAGUCAUGUAGUCACCGACUGUCAAAAUGAUUGAGAGCUGAGACUGUACAAAACUUUUGUGUGGAUAAUGCCCUCUGAAAGGGCUUGUACUGGCACGUGCCAGAGUUUUGCACUUCUUGGGCAAAGUAGUCCUGUUUUUUAAAUCUGAGUCUGUGACUUUUGUAUCGGAAGAGAUUAUGAAGCACUUGUCAUAACACUCGGCUCCUUGGAGAAUUUUGAGUGUUGUUGUGUGAAUGUUAUCUGCCAGAUCCAAUUUAAUGGUUAAAGCGCAAAGACAAAAAGGUCAGUUAUUGCACAUAAAAACCUUAAAUUGUUUGAGAUUGUAGCAAAAGGAUACUAAUCCACCACUUGUGAGUGUGUGUGCGCAUGUAUGUGUGUGUUUUAUAUGUGUGACAUGUGAACGAGUCAGCAGCUGUGCUGUUGUUUAACAUAAUGAUGAUGAUGAUGAUAAUAAAAAAUAAUAUUACAAGAGAAUUCUCUAGUUAUUUGUACUUUUCCAUUUCCAAAAAUGUACAAGUACAUGUAUAUCGAAGGAAAAAUCUGGACUUGGUUUGUUGAGAGGGCAUGAAAUCACCCUGAAUGCCCGAUCCUUCACUCUCAGUCCCUUAUUCAUCUAGUCCCUCUGUUGCCCUAAACAGUACCUGACAUCUGAGGGAUAAUCUUGAUGCAAAGUGAAUAUUAACCAUCUGUGUAAAAUAGGGGCCUUACUUCAAAUGGGAGUUAAAUGUUGGCUGAGUUCAUAUGUGUCUGCCUGGCAGUGUGUGAAGGUACAGACUGUUCCCUGUCCUGUUUUCUUUCUCGUUCGCCCUCUCACUCAUUUCCUUUUGUCCUCUCUCCAGUCUCCCCAAGUCUUUUCUUUCACUGCUAAAGUUUUUUUUUCUUUUGAGCGGACCGCCAAAAUCUGAUCUAUUCAUCACAUUCUGCUGUAUUUUUUCAACGUUUAGUGCUCUUAAGCAGAAAAGCAGUGAAUGUGUUGACAGAGCAGAGUCCUUCAUCCAAAAAGAAUGCAUUCAUUUGGUCCAAGGUCUGACUUGUUUAAAAAAAAAAGCAUAAUUUGCCAUCAUUCUGGGUUGCAGUGCUAAAUUUUAACAGCGGAUUACUCAUAGGUAUUAAAAAGGAAGUUGAC